AUCCUGUAUCUUAUGUGUCUACUGCAACGAAAAAUGUCGAGCGCAUUCAUGGGACGAGUACCACAAAUGGGAAUGUAAAGGAAUGCAAGCGAAUAUAUGGUAUGACCUCGGAAUAGCAUUUCCAGCAUUUAAGGCCGUACUAAAGGGUGUAAAAUCAGGAUUUAAGUGUAUCAAAGGCGGACCUGAGGAAGAUCUCAAACGGUUUGGUAGUAAGGAAGAUAAUUAUCCGUAUUUUAAUAGACUGGUGUCCAAUAUAUAUAAAAGUAAAAAUGCUGCUCCAUAUAUUGUGAUGGCAGCCAUAGUAGUAAACUAUCUUAAAAACUACACGAAUUUCUUUACGUGGUUUCUCCAGCAAAAGAAUUGUCCAAAAAACGAAAGUACUGAUUUGAUAACGUACGUAGGAGGCCUAAUUACGAAACAUAUUGCUCAAUUAUCAUGCAAUUCAAGUAUUAUAGAGCAUUGGAGUUAUUCUUCAACUGAUUUAUUAUUUCCUGACAUUUUGAUCACCAUUGCCUGUGGGAUGUUCCCUUCUGUUAGUAUUAUGAAUCAUUCGUGUAGGCCUAACGUAACAAAUUUUUUCAUCUGUGAUACGCUGGUCGUAAAGGCUCUGGAAGAUAUUCCAGAAAGGGACGAAGUUUUUAAUUGUUACGGAAUCGACUAUAGGGGCAUGAGCAGACAUCAAAGGCAAGUGGCAUGUAGAAGUCUAUAUCACUUCGAGUGCAAGUGUGUUAUAUGCAGUGAUCAGUCUAAAGAAGUGGAAAUGUUAGAUAGCUAUAUCUGUCCGAAAUGCAAAGGUCUAGUCCCAGAAAUUGCCAACGUCUCAUGCAUAUUUUGUGUCGGUUGCGGAGAAGAAUACUCCUUACCACCUUUCAGAAAAGUGAACAAGGUGGCUCAGAAAUAUUUAGAAAGUGACGAUGGUAAUCAGUUGGAAAUUCUUAUAAAAUGCUUGAAAAUUCGCGAGAAAAUAUUGUAUAAGCAUCAUAAGGAUUUUGAAGAGGUCUAUUAUAGGCUUUAUAGUUAUUACGUAGAAGUUGGUGACGCCGAAAAUAUGUUUAAAUAUUUUCAUUUAUGGCUUGAAAAUGAAAAAGCGAGACGCGGGGAGAAUUCUAGAGGUAUAGGAACGAAAUUAUAUGAGGCAGCUCUAGCAAUUUUGCAUUGUUUACAAAGUGGACACCCCAAAAAUUGUAAUCUUAAGUCGUUUUUACAAAACGUUGAACAUAUGAUAAGAGAAGCGAAAGCGGUUUUAAAUUUGUAUUAUCCGGCUUACAUCACGAAUAGACUGAGUAGAAAGAUACAGUUUAUAUCGAAUAAAUAGAGAAAAACUAAAUUUUUAUAUAACAUGUGUUACUGUGUAAAUGAAUAUAUUAAUAUCAUUUAUUAAUA